AUGUGAUGCUUAUAGGUAUAUAUAUAUAUACACACACCAGCUAAUUAUUGCUUAAUGUAGAUUGUGUAGAUCAUAAAAAUAACCUAGCUUUUGAUAAUUUUGUUAUCUACUAAUUUAUUUUAAGAAUGAUAUUUUUCAAACCAAUAUUACAAUUGCAUCCACACGUAUAACAAUAUUAAUCUUAUGAUGACAACAUUAAAAUCAUUUUUUAUUAAAAUAUAUUUUUUACAAAGUAGGUUAUAUUGAUUCGGAAUACGAGUCUCGAAAUAUUUAGUGUAUUUAGAUGUAUAUAUCGAUAUUCGAGUCGCUGUAUACACGCUUCGAUAUAUUUUCGAUAUGUUUUCAAUCUCGUUUCUCAUUGGUCAAGCGUCGUAUGACGUAUCAGCGUAUGUAGAAAUCCAAAGAGAUGUUUCCACUCUAGUCACCCCUACUAUUUACCAUGCCCCGCCCAAUACAACUUGAUCCAAUACACGUUUCGACGCAACUAAACAUUCCAACAUGGUUCGCUAUGUAUCACUGUCGUAUGUGUCGUGUGUUCUUUAUUAAUUGUUAUAAGUGUCCUUAUAUUUACGAAAUCCAGACAAAUUGAUAUUAUUUUUCAAGAAUACAUGUAUAUAUUUUCGACGUUAAAGGAGAAGACACGAAAAGGAUCUAUGAAAUAACUUAAAUUUAUAAAAUGUCCAUUCUAGACGAGCGUGAAGAAUACCUGAAGAAUCCAUAUUUUGUGAAGCACGAAUACGGAGAUUUUACGCCGUUUUAUAUUACCAUCACCAUUUGUUCUGUAAUAGGGGGAUUUAUAUUUCUUUUGAAUAUCGUCUUUUGCUGGUGUUCCCGUCACAGAGCUUACUGGCAAGAUCGUCAUACUGGAAAUCGAUACAUUCAAUCUUUGUGGACUGUAUUGCCACAUAAAACUCCACCUUUGGAUUUAAGUGAAUUAGAAUCCGUUCAAACUACAAAUCCGAUAGUUAAGUCUGAAGUAGUAGAAUAUCACGACACUGAAUCUCAAGGAAAGGGUUCUCAUUCACAGGAAUACUUGGAAAUGCAUAAACGUGAAAGUGAGAUUUAA